CAUGGCUGAAAAACUCGAAUUAGAGUUGCAAUAUCAACCAAAAGAUUGUUCUAGAGAUGUUUGGCUACAACAUUGCGGAUCCUGUGACGUUGAUAAAUGGAAGGAUCUCGGACAAAAAUGCCGGCAGGUCCGGCAACUUUUGGGCGAUGAAAAAGAUAUGGAUUCAACGUUUUCCUGUCGGUCAGCAUGUAAGAUAGGAGAUAUGGUCCUAUCGAAUGAACAAAUAAUACAAAUAUUAAAAGAUAACGAGGAGGAAAAGAACGAGAGAAAAAGGAGGAAAAAGAGAAAAAUUCGAUCAUUCAAAUCAUUUCCUUCACAAAAAUGGUCUUUACCAAUUCUAUAUAAAAUCGAUAAUUCUUUUGGUAAAUGGGAGAAGGGCAUUAUUAAAUCUGCUAUUGACAUGUGGCAAAAUAGAACUUGUUUAGAAUUUAAAGAAUUGAAAUUAAGUCACUUUACCUACGAUUCACAUGUUAUGUUCUUAAAGAUAACAGAUCAAGCUUGUUUUAGUUAUGUUGGAAAAGUUGCAAUCGUUCCACAGCCAAUUUAUCUAUCAUCAUCUUGUUUUAAUGCUAUUGCUGUUGUUGCUCAUGAAAUUGGUCAUACUUUAGGUUUAUUGCACGAACAUCAAAGACCCGAUAGGGAUGAUUAUAUCAUUGUAAAUAAAGACAAUAUCGACGACAGUCACCAUUCGGAUUUCAGUAAAAUUCAAUCUAAAUUUGCUGAAGAUCUUGGAGUACCUUACGAUUACGCCUCGGAUAUGCAUUAUCGUUCGUUUUCCUUUUCUGUGAAUGGCAAAACGACUAUUGAUACGAAAGAUUCGCGGUAUCAAAGAACAAUUGGUCAGAGGAGCGAGCUAGCUUUUUCAGAUAUAAAAGUUAUUAAUUUGGCAUACUGCCAAGAAAAGUGUAAAGUUAAAGCUCCAAAUUGUCAACAUAGUGGCUAUCAGAAUCCGUUAAACUGUAAUGACUGUCACUGCCCAGAUGGACUUGGAGGAGAGCUGUGCAAUUUUGUAGCUCCUCCAGUAUUAGAACAAUGCGGUGGAAGAUUGAUUGCGAUGAGCAAGGAAAGAGUUAUAACUUCACCAGGUUACUCAGAUAGGGGAUAUUAUCUGAAUGGACAACAAUGCAGCUGGAGGAUAAGAUCUAUAGAUCCUACAAAAAGGGUUACAGUACAGUUUACUGGGGAUUUUGGCCUAUACUGCUUUGUAAAUUGCUACCAUUGGGUUGAAGUGAAAUUCAAAAAGAAUCUAGGCUUGACCGGCCCUCGGUACUGUUGCGAUGAAACGCCUAAAGAAACGUUUAAAUCAGAGGGUGACGAACUUGUCGUUAGUAUGAAAGCGAUCAAUCACGUUAUUGAAAAUCGACAUAGAAGAGGUUUUAAAAUGAUAAUAAGAAUGGAUGGCGAUGAGUGUCAACCAAAUCCCUGUAAGAAUGGUGCAACAUGUAAAGAUCUACAAUCCAACUAUACUUGUCAGUGCCUAGACGGAUUUUCAGGGAAAGACUGCGAAAUAGAAGCAGAAGUGAAGGAUCCUUGUAAAAGUAAUCCUUGUUUAAAAAAUGGUACUUGUAUAGUAAUUGAUAAAGAUAAUUAUCAAUGUAAAUGUGCACCAUACUAUAUUGGUACAAGAUGCGAAAGAUAUUAUAAACCGACAAGAAAUCCAAGGUAUUGUAGUGCUUUGGUUGACGUUGCUUUGGUCCUAGAUUCAUCCAAUGAGGUUGGCCUAAAUAAUUGGAACAAUGUUAAACAAUUCGCUAAAUCAAUUGUUGAAAAUAUCGAUGUGGCUCCUGAUAGAAAUAGAGUUUCUUUAAUCUCUUACUCAGAAAUUCCGAAAAUUGAACAUAAAUUUUCGGACAGUCAAGAAAUUCAUAGCAUUUACUCAUCAAUUGAUCGUUCAGCAUUCCUCGGAGACGAUUGUAAUUUAUAUAGAACUUUAAAAUCUCUCCGAACCAGUAUAUUUGCAAAAGAUAAUACCAGAAUAAAUGCUGUUGGUAUUAUUGUUUUACUCAUAUCAUCAGAAUGUUCAAAAGAUCUAUCAGUAAUUCGACAAGAAACAUGGACUCUACAACAAAUGGGAGUUGAAAUUUUACCGGUGACAAUUGGAAAGAAAUAUUCCCAUAACUUAAUUUCAAGUUUGUCUAAUAAGAAGGAAUUCUUCAAAGUUGAUUAUUUUGCGCAAUUAUUAACUAUCAGUAAAAAUCUUCAAGCUAUUCUAUGCCCUCAAGAAAAAGUCUCUGACAUCGCAAUUAUGGUUGAAACAAAUCGUCACGUUUCUAAAUCCAAAUACAAUGUAUUGCAAUUUUUUCUUAUGGAAUUUGUCAAGAAAUUUGAAAUUGGUCUAACUCAAAAUCUUAUUAGCAUUGGCAAAUACUCUGCACAUACAUAUGUUGCAGCCUACUUGAGACAAAAUCUUCAACCUUCUCAAUUAUCAACAAUUAUUACAACUCUAAAUUUGGAUUAUCAAAGUGAUGAUACAAAUCUAUUAGAAGUUAUGGACACUUUGACAGAUCUUGUAUAUACUCCUAUUGAAGGUGGACGAUCCUUCUCGAAUAAAAUAGCUAUUGUUAUAAAUUCUGGCCCUCUCAACGAUCCCACAGUUAUUAAUCAAUUAAUGGAAAAAGGAAAAAAAUUAAGAGAAAAUAUGACCUUUCUAAUGGCAGGCAUAGGCGAUAAAAUAAACAAAGACUUACUUAUAAACUUAGCUGGAGGCAGAGAGAAUACAUUUUUCAUGAGAACUUUUAGCGAACUUCAUCAAUUUUUGGAAAAUGUUUUGACAAGGAUCAAUAAGAUUUUAAAAGCUAGAAAAACACUACCUACGACCGAACCUUCUUCGGGUAGAUCGACUACACCGCUAUUUAAUAGACAUUCGUUUUCGAGUUCUCUUAAACCAGCCACAACAACUUACGCUCCGAUUAAAGGCUGGUACCAAGGUGAAACUUGCUAUCCUAGUAAGACGGAUGGCGAAUGCUCUAGAAAGUGUGGGGGUUGUGGUCGAAAGAUUAUUAUUUAUAAAUGCUACAUCGAUGGUAUAUAUCGUCGAGAACACAGGGAACAAUUUCCAUGCAAUGUUAAUGCCUGCACAAAAGAAGAAAAAUGUCUCAUAUAUGCUGCAGGUUUAUUUUGGAUUCCGUGCGAUGAAUGCUGUCUAGGCUAUAAGAGAAAAGGUGACAUCUGUAUUCCAUUGCAAAAAUCCUGA